AUGAGAAAUUUUAGCUUAGUAUUAAUUUUUGCUCUUGCGAAUGCAAGUUGGGUUUCUGACUUCAAAUUCUGGGCAGUCUUGAGUCUCAGAGAUGAAUCAACCUUGGACGAGAAAGCAGAGCAGAUUCGACAAGAUGUCUUUCAAAAUCUAGCUGACCCGUCAAAAAUAUUUAUUACGCUUGUCUACGAAGUCCCAGAUGGAAGUGAUCCUUCCCGGAAAUUUUCAACGGCGAAGAUUGGCCAAAAAGACUCGGCAACUGAAGCAACUUUGAGCGAAGCAGAUUGUGCCGGUCGAAACUGCUGCGAUUCUAAGGGCUGCUACAGAGCUAUUGGAAUUGAAUUCAGUUAUGAUUACACGCAGCAAAGAAGACGACCAGCCAAGACGCACAUUCUUUUUGAUCUCCACAUGAUAGCUGGCGAAUUUGACUACAACAACAAGUGCGAAAAGGCUGAGGAACUCGUGGCAAUUUGGGAUGAAUCGGUGAAAAAUGAUCUUUCAAUUAGCGACUACAUCAUUUCUGUCUGCGACUCUGAGAAAUCUAACGAUGAUCUCGUGAUCGCCCGAAGUGUCCAGCAUUUUGUCGCGAACAGUGUCCAGAACUUCGAGCCCUACCAAAUUCUUGACCAAGGAAUGCAACGACCGUUUAUGUGGUCACGUGAGUAG